CGCCAUCUUUAAAAGUUUCAAAAGUUCUGUUAAGAAUUUUUGAGCGGUGCGGUUGUUUAUAGGGUUUAUAGUUGUUUUUGUAUAAACAGUUUUGACGUAAUAAAAUUGGCCUAUAAAGGUUACAAUUACUGUUUAAUAUCCAGUGAAAUACUAUACACAUUUAAGAAGUGUUACGUGAUUUAGAUAAGUUGAAUUUUAGAAAUAAAGAUAAUUAAAAUGAAUGAGAUUACGAAAAAUGUUCCUGAAAAAUAUCAAGGAGACGUUACAAGAACUCUUGAUGCAAUGGCAGAACAUGUCGAAAAUCGAGGAAGAAAUUUUCGUUGGUCCAUGGAAGAUUUUCAAGUAGGAGCGCCUCUAGGUCGAGGUAAAUUCGGUCGAGUAUUCUUAGCUAGAGAAAAAUCAACGCACUACAUGGUUGCUUUGAAAACACUUUACAAAAUUGAGCUGGUGAAAGGAAAGGUCGAGAAACAAGCCUUGCGCGAAAUCGAAAUUCAAUCUCAUUUAAGUCAUCCGAAUAUUUUACAACUUUUAACUUACUUUCAUGACGAGAAGAAAAUUUAUUUAGUACUUGAGUUUGCAGCGGGAGGUGAAUUGUAUAAAGAACUAAAACGUCAACCAGGCGAAAGAUUUAAUCAACAUUUGUCUGCAAAAUACAUUUAUCAAGUAGCAGAUGCUCUUGAAUAUUGUCACAGAAACAAUGUCAUUCAUAGGGACAUAAAACCGGAAAAUUUACUCCUCACUUUCAAGGGAGACAUUAAAUUAGCCGAUUUUGGCUGGUCGGUUCACGCACCUUCUUCAAAACGUCACACUGUCUGUGGUACUUUGGAUUAUCUUCCACCGGAAAUGGUGACAUGCCAAAGAUAUGAUGUAUUCGUCGAUCACUGGUGUUUGGGAAUUUUGUGCUACGAAUUUCUAGUCGGCAAAACUCCGUUCUUCAGUGAAACACAACAGGAAACUUAUGAUAAAAUACGAGCUGUAAGAAUUCCAUGGCCAUCGCAAAUCACACCAGGAGCCAAAGAUUUAAUUUCAAGGCUCAUACGAAAGGAGAGUAAUAAAAGAAUUCCACUCGCUGAUGUUAAGAGACACUUUUGGAUACUUGAACAUAAGGAUGUUUAAAUUUGUAAAUUUUUUUUACAUUUAAUUUUUAUUGCUAGUUUUAGUUUCUUUUGAUUUUAAAAAUACGACAUCAAGUUAAUAAUAAUCAAUUUAUUUAUACAAUCUAUGAAAUAAUUUACAUUCGAAAAUAAUUUCCAAAACAGAUGUUGAGAAAUACAUUUAAGAAUUACUUUCUA